AUGUCAACUGAAAUAGAAAAGAAAUUCUGUUCAAAACAUAACUUAGAAAUUUAAACAAUAGAUCUAAAAUAAUCAACUGCUGAAGAGAAUAAAUAUCUUUGCAUCAAAUGCCUAAUUGAGAAGAUAGAUAUUUAAAAUAUUGCUUUAGUUGAAGAGACAUAAAUAAUGAUAAAACAAAUGAAGAGUGAAUAGUUGAAUCAUAAAAUCAAAGAGAAUCAAAAGAGAAUAGAGAAUUUUACAUAAAUUCAAUCAUAAUUAAAAGAAUUGAAAUUAUCAAUCAAUAACAUAAUUGAUAAAGUCUAAAGUAACAUAGAUUAAAAAUUGAAUUUAAUUGAGAAGGAAUUAGAAGAAUCAGAAUCAAAAACUCUAAUUUCUUCAUUCGAAGAUGAUGUAAAAAUCUUAUCAAAGAAUUACAAAGGAUCAUUUAGUUUUGAAGUUCCUAAGGAAUCAUAGAAGUAUAUUAAUGACAAUUCCUAUAUUGAUUCAAUUUAAUAAUAGUUGGAAUCUAUAAAUAAAAGUCCAAUGUUUAUAUAAAUUAAUGAAACAUUGCAAAUGUGUAAAUUUGAAGACUAAAUUUAAGAAUUAAAGUAAGUUUAAUUACUUACGAAAAAAGAAGAUGAUCCAUAAGUAUUAAUAUUUUAUAAAUUAAAUAGAAAACACCAAGUUUAAAGAUUCAAUGCAAUAAACAUGGAAAAGAAAUUAUAAUGUUGAAUUUGAAUCCAGAAUCUACUAAAUUUUCAAGAUUAGCUUGCGUAGAGUGUAUCAAAUCAAAUGAUCCUAUUAAAUAUACAACCUUAAGUGAUGCAAAUUUUAGAUGGAAUGAAUAUUUGGGAUAAACAAGUGAUUAAAUUAAUAAAUUUUUGAAUUAAAGAUCUUUAAGAACCUAAUCAAUUAUAGAGAUUCUUGAAGAUAUUAAGAAAAAGUAUAAUACUACAAUUUCAGAAAUUAUUAAUAAGAUAAACAAUCAAUCAUAAAUUUUCUAAUAUAAUUAAACGAAUGAAUUUAAUGAAAAUAUUAUUUAUGAGAUGAAGCCAGAGUAAGUUAAUGAAUUAACUGAAAUAUUAAGCUAGAAUGAUAUGUUCCAAGCUUUGACUGAAAGAUAAUAAAAUAUUUAAAAGGAAGACAUAAAUUAACAACAAAGCAUAACUACAAAUUUAGAGAUAUUGUUAUUAAGUGAUUUAAAAUAAACUGAAAAGAUUAAUUAGAUAUUCUUUGAAUAUAAUCUCAAUAUAUAAGAAAAUAUGGAAACGAAAAAGGAUUAAUUAAAAGAGGAAAGUAACCUUUAAUAUAAAAAAUCAAUUAUAUAAUUUAAUUUAUAACUACAAAAUUUUAAAAUAUAUUAAGAUAUCUUACACGAAGCAUUAAAUUAAUAUGAAUUAAUAAUAAAUAAUAUAUCAUAGGAAUUCAAAGAGGUGUAAUAAUAGAAAGUAUAAAUACAUUAAUAAUAUUAGUUUAAUGAAUAUUUACCAAACUUUGAUAAAGAUUUAUCUCUAAUCAAAAAAAUAACAAAGUUUGAUUAAUUCGAGAUUUAGCUCAAUCAAUAAAAGGAAAAACUAUAAAAUGAACUUCAUGAAUGCCAAACAAUUAAUUUGGCUAAUCAGUAAAUAAUAAGUGAUUUUAAGAAACAUGAUGCUGAGUUACUUUAAUUGGUUACAGAUUUGAGGAAUCAAAAUAAUUAAUUAUCUAGAGAAAAGGAGUAAUAAAGUAAAUAUUAAAUUAUAUAUGAUUUUUCAUAGAAGUUGAAUAUGAAGUUAAGCUAAAGCAUAAGCAAGAAGAGUUGGAAAAAAUUAUGUAAUCUAAUUGUAGAAAUGAGGAAAUGGUUAAAUAGUUAAAAAUAGAUAAAGUAUAAUUUAAGAUUUUUUUUGAAGUAGGUGUGGUAAUUCUCAUAAUCACUGACUUUCUCAACAUCCUAUAAGCAUAGUAAUUGUUUAGUAACUUAAAAUGGAAAAAUGGUUGAGAAUAGUUCUGGUCAUUACAAUUGUUGCAUGUGUGAUUAAAUGAUCCCUAAGAAUGGAGUCAUCUAAUUUGCUAUCAAAAUUAUUGAAAUAUGUGAUUUAUUGAUUGGAAUUGGUUUUAGGGAUAUUGUAUAGAGUAAAAUUUAUCAAAAUAGCUGCUAUGUUGGAGGAGGGUAUGUAUUAUGAUAUUAAUAAUUCAAAAAUAGAACAUAUAAUAUAGAUAAUAUUGGACGAUGUUGGAAUCAUGAUUAAUAAGAUAAAUGUGGUAAAUCGAUAGCAUUUUCAUUCUCAUAGAAUGAUAUAAUAAUUGUCGAAGUAGAUAUCCAAAAGCAGUAUGUAAAAUGGAUAAAUUUCUAAACAAAUCAAACAUUCGUAUGAAUUUAUAUCCUAUUAGUCUCUUACUAUUGAUACAUCCAAAGAUCUAUACCCAUGUGUACAUUUUAAUAGCAGAAACAAACUCGAAAUAUUAAAUUAAGUUUUCAAAUGA